UGGUCGGCUGUCCGUGCCGUGUUCGACGAGGCUACAGCCGAGCCCGUCCCCACUCUGUUCCUCUUGCUCAAAAACCCCGUCCGCCCUCGACAGACCCCAUGCCCAAGAUGUCCGACUUUGACGCCAGCGAGAUCGAGGCCAAGGUCGAGAAGCAGACUGUCAACCCCGUCAAGUCGUUCCUCUCGGGCGGCUUCGGCGGUGUCUGCGCCGUCCUCGUCGGCCACCCGUUCGACCUCACCAAGACGCGUCUCCAGACCGCCGCGCCGGGCACGUACACGGGUGCCAUCGAUGUCGUCAAGCAGACGCUCGCCCGUGACGGUGUGAAGGGUCUCUACCGCGGCAUCUCGCCUCCCCUUCUCGGCGUCACGCCCCUCUUCGCUGUCUCGUUCUGGGGUUACGACGUCGGCAAGCGCAUCGUGUACGCGGCCACGCCCGACCGCGUGGACCAGCACCUGUCGAUCCCCGAGCUUGCGUUCGCCGGUUUCUUCUCCGCUAUCCCCGCCACGGUCGUCGCUGCGCCCGCUGAGCGCAUCAAGGUCCUUCUCCAGGUCCAGGGCCAGGGCGGCAAGCCGGCGUACUCGGGCCCCCUUGACGUCGUAAAGAAGCUGUACGCCGAGGGCGGCGUCAAGUCGAUUUUCCGCGGCACGAUCCCCACCAUUCUCCGUGACGGUCCCGGCUCCGCAGUCUACUUCGCUACGUACGAGGUCGUGAAGAAGUCGCUCUCGGGCGCGCCCGUGAUCGACCACUCGACGGGUGAGGAGAAGGCGCCGCCCCUCUCCCUCCCCGCCGUCAUGUUCGCGGGCGGCAUGGCCGGUGUCGCGAUGUGGUCGGUCGCCAUCCCCCCCGACACGAUCAAGUCGCGCAUCCAGUCCGCGCCGAACGGGACGUACCGCGGUUUCCUGGACUGCGCGCGCCAGCUGAUCGCCAAGGACGGCGUGACGGCGCUGUGGAGCGGGUUCGGGCCGGCGAUGGCGCGUGCGUUCCCCGCCAACGCGGCCACGUUCCUCGGCGUCGAGAUCUCGCUCAAGCUCAUGAACAUGGCGUUCUAGGCGGGCAGCCCCGCUAAAAGGGCCCAAGUCGGCUAAUGUAGAUGCGUAGAGUGUCCGGACGCAGCGUUGUUUGCAUAUGUUUGCUCGAG